AUGGUCCAGCAGCUGUCCUUGUACUCGGCGACCCGCUCGGCAGACGUGCUGCUGAUCACCCUGGAAUCUCUCACAGGGAUGCGGCCGCAGCCAAUGGAGCAGCACACCGUGGUUCUGCGGCCCAAAUUCCCGUUCAGACCGGAGCAGAAAGCCGGCAAAAUCAACCAGAUCGAGUCGUACCGCAUCCGCAUGACCAGAAAGGGCGGCGCAGACGACCGCGAGCUCAUGUCUGACCUCCAGAGCCCGCGCUGGAACAACUAUAUCUGGACGCUGCAGAUCGCCGACAUUCCUGCCGCGGGAAAACGCCCUGUCCUGGUGCAGAACCUGUACGAGACAACCAUCGUCCAGGCCGACGACAUUCUGGGCUACAUGGACGAGCUCGGGUACAUGCCCGAGACAGAGUACUGGGUGCGCGGUGUGCGCUUUUUCUACAACGACGUCAUCAUCGAGGUGUUCCGGGUGUACCAUUGGAAAGAGCAGCAGGAGCUACUGGAUCCCAAAUACCAGGUGCGGUGUCUGGUGAACGUGGCGCGGCUGAACGACCUCGACAGCGUUGCGCGCGGCACGAAGCAGCUCGAGGCGCUCAAAACAGAGCUUUCGGGCCUGAUUGAGCUCGACCUGUACGAGAGAACGAGUCUCGAUGGCCGGGUCAAUUGGAAUUAA